AUGGACCAGGCAGUCUUCCAGACACUGACAGACACCUUGUCUGCAGACUCCAACACCCGCACGGCCGCCGAACAGCGACUCCAGGAACUGCAGGUCAAUCCAGAGUUCCCCAUCAGUCUUGUCCGCCUCGCCCUGGCUAGGGAUUGCAACGUUUCGCAGCGUCACUCGGCCGCAGUUCAUCUCAAGAGCUAUGUCGACACGCAAUGGUCCGAGAAGAGUGCCAAGUUCCAUGGACCUGAGCCUCCAGCAGAGACAAAGGCUGCUGUUCGUGAGAUGGUUCUCGCAGGUCUUUCGGAUCCUACUAACCGUAUCCGCGCUGCGUGUGCCUAUGUCAUCUCGAAGAUUGCACAUCACGACUGGCCAGAGCAGUGGACCAACCUUCUGGAUGUUCUCGUGCACCAUCUCAAGAAUGGAUCAGCAGACGAAGUUCAUGGAUCGAUGAGAGUCUUGGCUGAGUUUGUAAACAAGGAUAUUACCCACGUCCAGCUACCGCUGGUCGCGCCAGUGCUUUUCCCUGAACUCUUGCGUAUCUUAGUGUCGGAACAGCUCUACUCCCACGCAACGAGAUCGCGCUGUGCUUCGAUUUUCCGCAACGCGGUCGAAAUGCUGUAUACCAUCAAGGAGGAGCACCCCGAAGCAGUCAAGACCUAUCUUACGCCCAUUAUCGGACAGUGGAAUGAGGCGUUCAUCCCCAUCCUUAACAAGCGAACCGCUGAUAACCCAGAGGUCGAGGUGGGCGAGUGGGGACUAAAGACUGAGAUCCUGAAGUGCAUCAACCUCUCAAUUCAGGGCUUCCCCAAACUGAUGGCACCAUAUCUCCUCCAGAUCCUGUCGGCUGUCUGGCAGGACAUCCAACUCUUGAGACCAAGGUAUCUCUCCGAGCACGUCAACACAAGCGACAGUGUUGGAGAGUCGUUCCAGGAUUCGGAUGGCGAGAUUAUCGGAUUCGAGUCUCUUUUAUUUGUUCAGUUCGACUUUAUCCAGAUGGCUGCUAGACGUCGCAAGUUGACGCAGAGUGCAUUUAUUGGCGAGGAUGGCAAGUCCGGUAUCCUGCCUGAGUUGGUCUGGAACACGCUGAGCUACAUGCAGAUGACGGAUGAGCAGGCGGAGACCUGGGUCUCUGAUCCCAACCAGUUUAUCGCGGACGAGGAGGACGACAGCUAUUCGUUCAACGUCCGUAUCGCAGCCGAAGAUCUGCUUGCGGCUCUUGUCGAGAACUUUGAGGGCGAAACCCUGAACGCCCUGAACCUCAGC